AAACUAUUAAAUUAUUUAAUACUGUAAAGAAAUGAGUCAGGUCAUGGAAAGGGUGAGAAAGAAUAGAAGGGAAAAAUUUGAAAGCUCAGAAUCGAAAUGGAGUAAUGAAGAAUUCUUCGAAGAUUUUGAAGAAGACAUUUUUAUACUAAAUUUGAAUAACGACACAAGUCAGAUUAAAAGAAGAAUCAGCAUGUUUCUAGAAGAAGAGUCUUUGAAAGAGCAAGACCACAGUAUAUCCUCUGAACCCAGCUCAGACCAGCCCAAAAUCUCUUCUCUCCAAGAAUUUCCCCUCAACUCCGAAUCCGCCCAGCAAAGCCAAGCUUUGAUUACUCCUAAGAUCCCGAAGGCUAACUUCAGAAGAAGGAGGACACGAAGAAAGUGUAUAGCUAUGGAUGGGUUUGAGGGAUGAAUGGAAGUGAAGAAGGGUGAGGGAGGUCAGGAAUUUGGAGGGAAGCAAGGUAUUUUGAAGGUGGAGAAAGGUGAGGAAGAGGUGAAGGUGGGAGUUGGACAUUUUUUGGAGGAAUAUUUUGAGCCUAUAAUGGAGAUGCCAAGUUUUGAAGAAUGAGGAUCUUGUUCAGUAAUUUUGCCUCAUGGUCGUUUGUUGGGUUAUGAGGACGCUGUAAAUUAUGAGUUGAAAGAGCUUUCAAGUACUACAGAACUCAUAAACAGAAUUCCUUAUGAAUUCAUGAAGAACACAAGCAAAGCAUUGAAAUACAAACUUCAAACCCCAAAGAGAAAGGGUCAAUCUGCCUUAAAAAUCAGAACAUUUAACCUAGCAAUGGCUCUUAUCGUUUUGAAAAAGAGCCAUUAAGGAAAGAUAAU